GUCCCUAAGGAGAGACAAUAGAACAGUGAGUGGGCCUCUGAGCACCACAGACCUUCAGCAGGGGCCCGGCAGGACCGGAGGACUCCAGCCCAAGGCGCAGGAGGGCCAAGACCCCACAGCGGGAGCCGGCCAGGCACAGGCCCCCACCUGAGGGGGUCCUGGAUGGAGUUCAGGCCCGACGUUACAAUCCCUCCACGGCCCCCAGUGUGCACAAUCUCAUUCCUUUCCUUUAUCGGUAACUGCUUGUGAGUAUCAUGAAUUGAGAUGUUUCUUCUCAAACGCUUUCAAUCUAUUUUUGAAUAGACACAGGCUCCCAGAGUCGCCAAUCUCCUUUGCUUCCUUCCUGGGAGUCCCCUGCUUUUGCAAACAUAGUUGAGAGCACCUGGGCCUUGCCUUAUUCCCUCCAAGGUGUUCUCGACUCGAUUUUUUUUCAACAUCAGCAACGAACUCAAAAUAGGUUCAGGGUUCCAUGGUCCACCCUGGUGGCAGCUGUGGGGGCUGAGCGCACAGCCUUCAGUCCUAGACGAGGAAGCUGGAGUCGAGGGAGUGAGUGGCAGCACCACCAGGCCCCGCGCCUUUGUUCCCCCAACCCCUGCCCGACAAGACCAGCUCUUCACUCUGGCCUCAACAGAAUGUCCUUUCCUGUAAGCCAGAGAGCAUGGUUCCAGCCACAAACGUGACUCCGUUUCCCAAGUAGGCAAAGAGGGGCUGGGGAGGGAAGGCGGAACAGUCCGGGAAGCCAUCCUGGAGGCAGGGGCAGGGUGGCCCCGAUGUUGGCUCUGGAAAAGGGGAGGGAGGGGACUUCCAGGCCGCCAGUGGCCUUGGGACGGGCAGAGAUCCAGGGGCCACCGAAAGCCCAGAGCCCAAGGGAGGCAGCCUGGGGGAGGGGCGGCUGCCAUGCCAGAGAAGCACAGAGGGGUCAGGGUUCGGGCAGAGAGGAAAACAAGCAGAAACCUCUGUUCCAAGUGGCAGCUCCCCAACCUGCAGACCAGCCAGGCCCAGGCCAGGCAGGGUGGUGCACGCGGAGAACCACAGGGCCAUUCAAUCCUGCUGUUUACAAAGCCCAGGGCUCCAGGGCCAUGGUCAGGCUCCCAGGCUGUGUCUCCAUAGCAACGUCACUUCUCAUCCCCGCUACCAAGGAAACCAGACCUAGAGCUCCUACACACCCCUUAGGAAGCUGCUGGGGCUGCCAACACAUCCCGCCCCCACCCCACCUCUGAGAAGGGGGUCCCAUAUCUUUAAUCUGCAGCAGCCCAGCUCCGCCUUCAUUUCUAGCAAAGUUUCUGUUCCAAAGCACAGAGGUACCUGCUGAGAAGCCUGGCUGGCUCCGCGGAAGCGUCUGCUAGGGUUUGUUUGUAAGCAGCGGGGCGACGCAGCCACUGCCGCGUCAGGUUAAACCUGAUCUGGCCCACAGGGUGGGGGGCAGGUGAGGGGCACUGGAGUCCUGCCAUAAACGCAGGAGCCAGAGACCACGACCCCGCGGUGGUCAGGGAGCCAUGGAGAGGGAGAACGUGGCCUUGGAGCCUGGCCACGUGACCAGACGCCCAGCUCCAUCUCAGGCAUGUGGGUGAAGAAAGGAUGAGGGGUGGGGUGCCCGUGGUGCCAGCCUCAAGAGGCCGGCUUGAGUCCAGGCAGACGGGGUCCGGACGCCGCCUGGGAGCGAGGUGUUGCCUCUGCUGUGUGCCCAUCUCCCACCCACGAGAGGACAGGAGUGACCCCCCACAAGCCGCGACCGUCCAAACAUCUGGGGGACCAAACUGCCCCUGGGGCACGGCUGCUCCAGAGCCUGAGCCUCCAAGAGCUCAGGACCCUCGAGCCUCUCACCCCUGCCUUCCGCCUGCCUCCUUGCACGCCCCCCUGCCUCUCCAGUCCAGGUUUCCCCUCUCCGGGAACGUGGAGAAGCUGCUGGGGGUGACGCCACACCACAAGGGUGCCUCUCCCGAGAGCUGACUGAGGGAUGGCGGCACCGACCAAUAUGUGGCCCCCAGGACAGCGCCCCCUCCCCACGCACACAUGCCUUCCAGCAGCGGGGGAGAAGACGCCACCUGAGCAGAGAGUGGAGGUGACUUCAGGUCACGCUGUUGCAACCACUGAACUCAAGCUGCACAAGGCUUUCUUCAAGGAGCCAGGUGACCCUGCUCAAAUGAGCACACAGCGGACCGACUAGUACAGAGGGUUACGAUCACAAGGUAAAGAGCUCACGGGGGCUGCUGAGCAAAAACGAUCACGGUGAGUUUCUCCUGAAUGUCCUGCAGUGAACUAGCCACAGUGACUCGGCGGGGAAGAGGGGACAGGUUCCCGGGGCUCGCCCCCAUGGCCAGGGCCACAGUGCAGGUGAGCCUGCUGCCUCCCAGCCUCCACCACCUUCCCUCCUCAGAGCCCGGCUCCCAGCGGCCCAGCGCCUCAGGAGAGCCGGACUCAUGCCUCAUGGGACGGACAGGCCCUCCAACCUCACCCUUUCACCUUCUCCCACCCAAUCCCACCAGCACUGGGACUCCCACGCCCCCAGGGCCUGCGCCCGGCCCUGAAGGAACUCAGGCCAGUGGGUACCAGAACAUACGCCCUUUCUGGCUUCCUGAGACCACUUUCACUGUACAAACAAGAAACCCCGAGGUUCCCAGCAGCCUGGAAACUACAGGUGAGAACGGCCGUGAGAGGAGUCUCAGGUCUGCUCCACCGCACACCUGCCUGCAGGUGCCGGGCGGUCCAGCCCCCCAGGGCCCUGGCACCCGGGAUGCCCUGGAAGGGACGGAGCCAAAGGAGACCAGCGGGUGCAUGGGCACCUGCCUCUUGAGGUGGCUGAUGUAUCUUCCUUUGCCAGGAAGGGCGGCUGAGGACAUUCCCCGUGGCACCCCCACCUCCCCAGCCCCGGCCCCUCUGAGAAAGCUGCCCUCCAGGGCCGUCACAGCCGACACAGACCAGCUGCAUGUGGGCCCUCCCUACCCGGCAACGCUUUAAAGGGGCACCUCGCCCGUACACGGGGCGGGACGGCUCAAGUCACCAAGGAACAUGGCCCACCUUUCCACACACAUGCCGCCGGCAGUAACGCAAACAGUGGGCAGAUGGAAAACGGCUUCUCCCUGAAAACAAAACUGGCAACCUGGCCAGAACUGAGAAACCGUCCUCAUUCUUCUCAAACAGGCUUCAGAGUCUGGCCAUCCUAGGACAGGACGCUCUGCCCACUUCUCUCAUCUAGGUAGCCGUCCCCCGGGGCAGCUUUCUGGGGCUUCUGAGCGCUCACUCCCAGCUCUGCCUCUCCUAGGCCAGAUCUCCGCAGGGGAAAAUGAGGGCUGGGUGGCGUGUAGCUGGAGAAAUGCUCCAGGUUGGUCUUCAAGAAGAGAAGAUGCUUAAACGUCUCCACCAGGAGCAGGGAGUUGUACUCCAUGAUGGUGGGGCUGCCCAGGGAGGCAAAGACGCUUGCAGAGGAGGCGCUUGUCGGCAGGGGGAGCAGGACAGGAAAGGUGCUUCUUGACGAUGAUGCUAGCCAGGUGGCUCUCCGUGGACCGGGAGGCAUCGCUCCACUCAGAGGCCAGCAGCCCCAUGCUCUCCAGCCGCUCCAACAGGCUCUUCUCACUCUGGCCCAGCAGCGAGGACCCGGAGGAGGGGGGCCAGAUUCUCUGCACUGGCUCCCCCUGGCCCUUCCCUUCUGACCCGGGGCUCCUAGCUCCUCUGUUGCUCAGGGAGGCCUCCACCCACCCAGCCUUGGGGCCCUGCAGGGAAGGGGAGGGUGGCACGGGCUAUUUAGACAGCAUGAGCUCCUUCACUUUGUACACAAGACCCUGCUUCCAGUGGUACCUGUCCACCCCCUCGGGGAGGAUAGUCUCGAUCCUGCCCUUUAAGCGGGGGUCUGGCAGGGUCCUCGUGGUGGAAGAGCUCGGUAAGCUGGUGGUCCGUGGAGAGCUGCAGGGGCCGGGCCCUCGGCCAGCCACACGGCCGCGCCAAUCUCCUGGGCGCUCCGCUCCUCAAAGUGCCCACGUUCCACUCCAAGGAGACAGGCGGGUAGCGCAGCUGGGGUGGCACCGGGCGGAACGCGGCCUGGGCGGCACGCGCCUCCUCGGCCGCCACCCGGAAGGGUCGUGGGUGCAUGAUCGGGCUGUCAGUCAGGCUCCAGGAGGUGGCCUGGAGACAGGGCGGCCCCCGCCUUGCCCAGCUGCUGCUUCUCGUAAACUCGUGCAGGCGGCCGCUGCUGCACCCACCAGCCACUCUGGCCGGCGGUGCAUGGACACCCAGUGGUCCGCACAAGUUUCUUUUCAGGAAGCCCGGGCACGGGGAGACGGGUCCGAGAGCCACAGGCCGAGCUGGCCCCGCAGCCUGUCCUCCGGAGUGCAGCCCAGGGGCAGGCCGCGGACCCCAAGCACCGCCUGCCUCCUCAGGCCCCUCGGUGGGCAGUGACAUCCACAGAGUCCACGUCCUUGGCCCGGCUACCACGGAACGGUGAGGUGGAUUCGGAUGCCCUCGGCCCGGCACCUGCUCACCCAUCGCCUCGUGGAGCAGGGGCUCUGCUCUAUGGGAGAAGGCCGGAGGCUGGAGGCGGUGGCAAGGGUCCCCCCUGGGCCACGAACCUCCUGAAAGGGUGGAGACCAGACAAAGGAGAGCGGCAGGGCUGGGCUACAAAGGAGCUCCGCGGUGCUCUGGUUCCAGGCCUGGGCCUGGGGCUGGCUGGGGGGCAUACGUGCCACCUGGGUCCUGCCCAACCACCAUCAGGGGAGUGGCAGGGUCCUCUCUAGAGGGGGAGCAGGUUGGGGAGGGCCACGCGGAAUCACCUGUCCGUCCCUAUCUUCCAGAGGUGAGGCAUCGGGCGCUGGCAUGGUGACGGUGGCCCUCAGGGAUACGGCUGCUGGCCCACCAAGGCCAGGCCCUUCUGCUGCUUCUCGGGUGGCCCUCCCCGCUGCCCCCCGGGGCCUCCUGCCUCCAGCCCUGUGCUUCCCCACCAAGUGAUGGGACAGACGCGAGCAUUGGGGCUGCCCCUUCACUUCACCAGGCCUGAUGCUCGACUGGCAUGGAAUGCGGGUGACCCAGCGGACGUUCCUGCAAGUUGACAGUAAAGAAGUGCCUCAUGUUGGGGAGGGCCGCUGACCCGGGGACAGCCUGGGGGCCCAUCCCUUGGCCUCGGCCUGCGCGGUUCUCCCCGGCUUCUACAGGCACAGCAGCUUCAGGGCCAGGCGGCUGCUCGCCCCCACCAGGAAGCAAGUGUCUCUUCUUCUGCUUCUUGAGGUGACGUGCCUCUCUGGCCAGACGGGCUAUGAGGAUGCCGGCCAGCCUUGCCUCCUCAGCCUCGCUGGGCUGGCCUGCCUCCAAGCCCGUCCGGCCUGACCAGGGCUGAGCACCAGGUCCCCCACCUCGCACCGUCCGCGGGCCUUACACCUGCACACCUUCUCCCCCCGCUGCACAGGGCACCCCUGCCCUGGCGCGGAUAGGAGGCCACAGGGCCUGGAGUCUCUCCUUCGGCCAAGGGCAUGACAAUCUGCAGAGGGGGCAGCCAAGCCAGGGCCAGGCCUCCCCAGGCAGUGGGCCUGUCUCCUCACUGAGGACAUCGAGGCCCAGGAGACCUCCCUCCUGCCCCUCCCGGAAAUCCUGGUCAAGCACAGGGACCCACAGGCUGCUGGGCAGGGGGCGGGCUCUCUUCCUCUGCUGGGAAGGGUCCCUCCCACCCAUCUUCUGAGCACUGGAGCUUCUGGUCUUCCAGGGGCCACUGCUGGCCUUCUCCUCUACGUCUGCAAACUCAAGCUUGACCUCAGUCUCCGGCAGGUGCUGCCUGGCACCCUGGCCGAGCCCACAAGGGGCGCUGGUAGCUCUGGCAUCGAACUUGGAGCUGGGAGGAGCCGGAAUGGCGGGUGGGGUCGUGGGUCUAGUCCUGGAAGAGUCGGCAUACAUCUGGGGCUCUUGCCCCACGGAUCCUGAGGACGUCUGCUUCUUGCGGGGCUUUAUGACUUUUUCUACUUCUGACAUGCCUGGGAGCUUGGGGCAGUGAGAAUGUGGGCCUGGGCUGUAAGGCAAGCGGAAGAGGAUGGCUCUUGCCUAGUGGGCUCUCAACCGUGGGCACCAUUGAGGGGGGACAUGAGGCCAGAGAUGGGGAGAAGGGAGCACUGGAGGACCUGAGGAGUCAUGACCACUGGAGAUCAAUCCCAGGACAGAGCUCUCCAGACCCCACCCUCCUUGGCGAGGGAGGCCUGACAUUCACUGUUCCGGACCCAGCAGAACCACAGCCCUUGGCACCUGAGUGGUAUCUGUGUCUGUCUUCUUUGCCACGCUAACGCUGUUUUGUUUUUUUUUUUUAAUGUUUAUCCAAAACCUAGUAGGCACUUGACAAUGUUUCUGCGUGCUGGAUACAGUAUACAGUAGGCAAGGCCCCUGCAUGCAGGUAGGCCCCCAGGCUGGCGGGAGAGGCAGACGUGAAUGAAACUCUCACUCGCACGACAGGAAGAGGAGAGCCCCACUGUGGGCUGUAUGGGGGCACUGCGGGGCCGUGGGACCCCGGGGGGGGCUGACCUCACCAUGACGUAGGGCUCCAAGGCACCAGGCAGGCUUCCCGGGGAGAGCCAUGGGUGCCCGCACUGUCAGCGAGGCCGUGGGAGCAGAGGGGGCCAGGCUUGGCAUCCUGGGCACCCACAGGGCCCAGGAAAACAGGGGCAUCACUCAGUCCUGCGGAGCAAGGCAGCCUGAUGCUUCCCAAGCCUCCAUCAGGGCACAAAGGACGGGGCAGCUCCUGACGCUGCCGACUCAGCAUCUCCUCCCCUCGGAGCCUGCUCUGCUCUGGGUCCGGCCCCCACCACUCCCUGGCUCUGCCCCCCACCGACCCCAAGGCCCCAGUUGACUCCCACUUCUCUGCACCAGCCCCACCCACCCCGUUCUCUCGACUCUGGACAGCAUGGUCUCCUUGGCUUCCUGUCACCGGAGACUCCUUCCCAGCCUCUGCCCUGCUCCCUUGUCCCCUGCCUGCCCCUUAAUGACAUUUCCUCGUCUCACCUACCAUGCCCUCCCCCAGACUGGGCCCCUCCACACCACCAAGCGAGCGAGCGUUGCAACCCCCAGCCCCGCCUGGUUCACGACCCCCUCGCGGGCUGCCCCUCACCCACUCUGCCUGCAGUCAGCUCAAACCAGGGCACAGACUCCAGUUCACCCAGACGCUCAGACCCUACACCCAGGCACCGUCCUCAACCCCUCCCCACCCCCCACACUCAUUUUCCUGGAGAUGAGAUCAAAUUCAGGGCCGCUCUCAAAAGAAAAGAGACACGAAGAAGUCAGAGAUGAAACAUGCAGAAAGGAGAAAAGAAAAUGCGAGGGAAGGUGAAAGGCCAGCGAGCAAGGACGUGUCUCCCAGGGAAAGAGAAGGUUCAGAGGAGGACGGCGGGUCCACCCCAGGCACCUGAGGAGGAGGAGCGUGCGUCCCUCCAGCCCAGAGCGAGACGCAGGCUAACCUAGGAGAUUUAAGCCAGGACGUUCUGACUCGGUAACGUGAAACGUUCAGAAGCGCCAUCAGGGAUGGCAGGGAGCGACGAGCCUGCUGGGCAGCUCAAGGGAGGUUCGACUGUGAAAGCAGGUGGACAGCUCGACACCGAGGAGCCCUGUCCAGUGGGAGAGGCCUCAGGAGAACCAAGAGGAAACCGCCCCAGCCCAUCACUAGACAACCAAGUCAGCCACCACCACACCAGGCACCUGGAGCCCGCUGGAGGGGACGCCACAGAGGGGCCGGGUCAAGGCACAGACGAAGGGCCAGACGCUGCCGUGGUCCAGAGGAAGGGCUCUAGAUGUCAGAACCAGAAUGGACUCCCCUCUGCUCUUAUUUUGAUUGAAGAAACGGAAACCCAGAGCAGAAACAUGAUGCUCCGUGGCACAGCAGAGGACCGGAGCGGUCUGUCGGCUCCGUCGCUCUUGGGCCCACAGAGCAGGGUACCAGAGGCAGGCCUGUGUCCUGCCUGCACUCACGGAUGAGGGCAGAGAAAAGCAUAACACCUGUGAGUCAGGCUGCAGCCUGGGGCACACCCCAACACCUUCACCCAAGGGCCCGAGUGGACCCCAGGGCACCAAUCCUGUUCCGUCCCCGACCAGCCUUGUCCCACCGGUCUGUCUGUAUUCUGCGGACACCUUUGAUCCACUUGACUAUUUAACAAAACUUCGUCAAUAUCUACCAUGAGCCAGCACUGUGCCUAAACACACACACAGGAGAGGAGCUGUCAGCUGGCACGCGGGGCUCAGGACGACAAGACAACCUGGGAACAGCGAGGCAAGCGGGGCGAGUGCUGCAGAGCCCGGGCGGGCUGCCCGGGAGGCACACCGAGUCUAUGACACCGGAGUUUAGUGCUGUCUCUGAAGGGUGGCUCCCCUUGGGCUACCGCUUGAGGAACCCCGUCUCUGGACAGAGAGCCCUGGGCAGAUCAGGAACCUGGGGCGAUGGGCGGCACCCACAGUAAAGCGCCCCUUUCUCUCCAACGAAGCACAGCAGGAUGAGAGCUGCGGAAAGCUGGCCUCGAGUCUACACGAAUCCAAAGUAUAAAAUUUAAAAAGAAAGUCACCCACAAACUCCAGGACUUUGGUUAUUAGUGAGAGAUUGUUUGUGACAUGUCUCAUAACAGCUGACACAUGCACCUUCGAGGACGACAAGAUGGACAGUCGGGCUGAGCUGGAGGAUGCGGGGGACCCCACAGAGGCAGGCCUGGCCCUGAGAAGUGAAUGGGGGGCGGGGGGCAGAGGAGCAGGUGAUGGCGGCAGGGCUGCAGGUGAAGGGA